AUGAAGCAUCCUCCUGAAGAGCAUUCCGUUCUCCGAUGUGAUGUAAUCGAUGAAGUGGUAGCGGAAGUGCGAGAAGAAGACCAUAACAAGUUGUGCUACCAUAUUGUUGAAGAGACGGAUGACCAAGAGGGUGAACAUGAGAAAGUUGCUGAGAAUGAACUCUGUAAGAUUGAUGAAAAGGAACCUCAGCUUGAGGCAAAGAGUGAAUUGAAGCCUCUUCCGUCUCAUUUGAAGUAUGCUUUCUUAGAGGACAACCAAAAGUUUCUGGUCAUUAUUGCUAGUGAGCUUUCUAGUGAAGAAGAAGAAAAGCUCCUAGAUGUUCUCAAAAAGUACAAGAAGGCAAUUGGUUGGAGCCUAGCCGAUAUUGUGAGGAUUGACCCUCGCAAGUGCAUGCAUCGUAUAUUUCUCCAAGAGGGAGCUAGGCCGGUUAGGCAACCGCAAAGGAGGCUCAACCCAACCAUCCUCGAUGUGGUAAAGAAGGAUGUCACUAGGCUAUUUGAUGCGGGUAUCAUAUACCCGAUUUUUGACAGUGAGUGGGUGAGCCCGGUCCAGGUUGUUCCCAAGAAAUCAGGCAUCACUACGGUUAAAAAGGAUGAUGGCGAAGUGGUCACCAAGAGAGUACAAAAUGCAUGUGUUUAUGGAACUUCAUUUGAUUGUUGCUUAGAGAACUUAGCCAAGGUCUUAGCUAGUUGUGUUGACACUAACUUUGUCUUAAAUUUUGAGAAAUGUCACUUUAUGGUAAGACAAGGUAUAGUGUUAGGACAUGUAGUAUCUCAUGAAGGAAUUUUUGUAGACCCGGCCAAGGUCGAUGUUAUCACCACUUUACCUUACCCCUCAUCUGUGAGGGAGGUCAGCUCGUUUUUAGGACAUGCAGGAUUCUAUAGACGCUUUAUCAAAGAUUUCAGCAAGAUUGCUUUGCCAUUGUCACGCCUACUCCAAAAAGAUGUGGACUUUGAGUUUAAUAGUGAAUGUGUGAAAGCUUUUAAAGAGCUAAGGAGAGUUCUUACCACGGCACCGAUUGUGCGAGGCCCCAACUGGAUGUUGCCAUUUGAGAUAAUGUGCGAUGCGUCAAACCAUGCUAUAGGUGCCGCGCUUGCACAGCGCGAUGGUAAACUCCCUUAUGUCAUUGCAUACUCUUUUAAAAUACUUGAUGCAGCACAAUCUAACUAUACCACUACUGAAAAGGAACUCCUAGCUAUUGUUCAUGCUUUAGAUAAAUUCAGAUCUUAUUUUCUAGGAUCAAAGAUAGUGGUAUACAUGGAUCAUGCAGCUUUGAAAUACUUAUUGACAAAGAAUGAGUCAAAACCUAGACUCAUAUGUUGGAUCUUACUUUUGCAAGAAUUCGACAUUGAGAUUAGGGACCGGAGUGGAUCUCAAAACUUGGUUGCGGAUCAUUUAAGCCACCUUGAGAAUUUAAAAUUUGAUCCAUUUCCGAUCAAUGACUCAUUCCCAUUAGAUAGUUUGCAUGCUGUGUCGGAUAGCUUUCCUUGGUUUGCCCCAAUGGCGAACUACUUGGUAGCAAAACUCUUCCCUCCCAACUUUUCUAAACACCAAAGGGAUAAGUUGAGGAGUGAUUCCAAAUACUACAUUUGGGAUGACCCUCACUUGUGGAAGAGGGGAGUGGACCAAUGUCAGAAGUCGGGAAACACAUCCCAAAGGGAUGAAAUGCCUCAGCAACCUAUGCUGUUCUGUGAGAUAUUUGAUGUAUGGGGCAUUGAUUUUAUGGGACUAUUUCCCAACUCCAGUGGGUAUCUAUAUAUUCUGUUAGCAGUUGACUACGUGUUAAAGUGGGUGGAAGCAAUACCUACCCGCCUUGACGACGCCAAUACCAUCAUUUCUUUUAUUAGGAAUAACAUUGUAUGCUGUUAUGGGUCGCCACGAGCAAUCGUGAGCGACCAAGGAUCCCACUUUUGUAACAUAAAAGUAGAGGCACUGCUCAAGCGUAAGGGGUAG